AGCUCAGUGGAUAGAGCGUCUGUUUCCUAAGCAGAAAGUCGUAGGUUCGACCCCUACCUGGCGCGUUUUCAUUUUACUAUUCUCUAUUUAAUUUUUUUUCCUCCCCCUGGAUUCUGAAUCUACAUCCCCGGCGGAGUGAAAUCAAAUCCCCCUCUAAAACCCUAUCUUCUUUGUUUUACUGAUCUGUUAACGAUUCAGCUGCUGCCAUGAAGGUGUUCGACAUCGAUGGAACCCCUCUUUACCUUGCUCUCUUCACUGACGUCUCCAACUCCAAGGAACUACUGGAUUCUAUGCAGGCUGGAACAUUAGAACCAGAAACUGCAUUUCUCAAUGCAUUACUCAUACCGGAUGUUUUCCCAGUUUUAGCAGCUGCACAUAAGACACUUGUAGCCAAAUUGCGGGAGUCGUUGACGACACGAACUCUUCACUCUGAGCUUGUGUAUAAUUACUCAGGAUCUAAGCAUAUAUCAGAAUCCUUGAAGAGGUGUGGCAUCUCUGAUAACACAACUUAUGUCCUUGCUGCACGCUUCAAUGCUUCUCCUGAUGAGAUGAACGCAAUAGAGAAACUCAUCGAUGGAAACCAAAUUGAUUUGGGGGAAUUGGAAGGGAGAGCAAACCAUGCUCAAAUACAGAAGCACUACAAGAUAUCUGGCUUGGAACUAGGGAUAUCCUCACUUGCAGAUGCUAUUACAUGCCGAAUUGCAGCUCGAGAUGCCUUGUGAGGAGUUAAUUGUCUAUGAGCUCUUUUUCUGAUUUAUCCUGCGUUCUUUUAUUCAUUACUCUUUUUAACUUCAGCUUGUAUUUGGGAUUCAGUGUAGAGUUUGUGUUUGUAAUCUGAUGUUUGGGAUUAUGAUAAUUUAUAAUAUUUUUGUUGUUUCUUA